UCCAUGCGGUCCUGUCUGUGACAGCGUUUGACAAUUAUUGGUACAUUCUCUGGCAAAGCGAGUGCUGCGCAAAUGCACCCCCUGCGAUUCUCUUCGGGUCUCAUUUGAAGACAAGAGUAGACCUACAAUGGCAGCGACUGAGAUUGCCCGUCAAGCAGGAGAAGGAACACGCUCUGUCCCCCUCAGUGGUCAUGUUGGCUUUGACAGCAUGCCAGACCAGCUGGUCAGCAAGUCUGUCAGCAAUGGCUUCUGCUUCAACAUCCUCUGUGUAGGGGAAACGGGCUUGGGGAAGUCCACUCUGAUGGACACCCUGUUCAACUCCAAGUUAUCGGGCGAGCCCAUGCGGCACAGCCAGCCCAGCGUGCAGCUCCAGUCCCAGACCUACGAGCUGGAGGAGAGCAACGUCCGGCUCAAGCUCACCGUGGUCAACACCGUGGGCUUCGGAGACCAGAUCAGGAAGGAGAACAGUUACAGUUCCAUCGUGGAGUUCAUCGAUGCGCAGUUUGAGGCCUACCUGCAGGAGGAGCUGAAGAUCAAGCGCACUCUGCACAGCUACCACGACACGCGCGUGCACGCCUGCCUGUACUUUAUCGCCCCCACUGGACACUCGCUGAAAGGGCUGGACCUGCUCACCAUGAAGCAGCUGGACAGUAAGGUGAACAUCAUCCCCAUCAUCGCUAAGUCAGAUGCCAUCGCCAAGAGCGAACUCCAAAAAUUCAAAACAAACAUCACCAGCGAGCUGGUCAGCAAUGGUGUGCAGAUCUACCAGUUUCCCACCGAUGAUGAGACAGUGGCUGAAAUCAACUCAACAAUGAAUGUACACUUGCCAUUUGCAGUGGUGGGGAGCACAGAGGAGGUGAAAGUUGGCAAUAAGAUGGUGAAAGCACGUCAGUACCCAUGGGGCAUUGUGCAGGUGGAGGAUGAGAGUCACUGUGACUUUGUGAAGCUGAGGGAGAUGCUGAUCCGCGUGAACAUGGAGGACCUGCGGGAGAAGACUCACACGCGACACUACGAGCUCUACCGCCGCUGCAAGCUGGAGGAGAUGGGCUUCAAGGACACCAACCCCGAGUGCAAACCUUUCAGCCUGCAGGAGACGUACGAGGCGAAGCGGCAGGAGUUCCUGGGGGAGCUGCAGAAGGAGGAGGAGGAGAUGCGGCAGACCUUCGUCCUGAGAGUGAAGGAGAAGGAGGCCGAGCUGAAGGAAGCAGAGAAAGAGCUGCAUGAGAAGUUUGACCGUCUGAAGAAGCUACAUCAGGAGGAGAAGAAAAAGGUGGAGGAGAAGAGGAAGACUCUGGAGGAUGAGCUCAACAGCUUCAAGCAGAAGAAGACUGCCACUGAGCUGAUGCAGUCCCAGAGUAUGCAGGCAGGGGGCUCCACAACCCUCAAGAAAGACAAGGAGAGGAAAAACAACCCAUGGCUCUGCACUGAGUAGUUGCUCUGCCCCCAUGCACUGCCCCCUGGCUUACUAAGGGACAAACCUUGGAAUUGUGGGUAAUGCGGUCCAGAGGCUGAGGAGAGGCAAUGUUGAUCUUGUCUUGCUGAGUUACUGACAGUCACUAUGCAUUUAUAGAUGAAUUAGAUGCAGCUCUAACCGCAUGGCCUGCUUGUUCUUACUAAAACACAUCUCGCCUAAAUGACUCAUCAUAGAUAUAAUGUCUCUAAAACUGUAAAAUGAACUAAUAUACUAUUUUGCUAUUGAGGAUAGAGAUGAGAAAUUCCAGAUUUUGCUUUAAAGGGAACUGGAUAAGUAUCAACCGACAAUUCCAAAUUAAUUUCUCACUCAUUUACCAUUUGAGAAUUGCUUAUGGCUUUGUUAUUUGUUUUUAAAAGGCUGAGAUGAGAAAUUAGAACACUAUCAGAUUGCUGGUUCUCUGGCCAAAGUCCCCCUUUAUGAAGUGAUAUUGACUGUUCUUGACUGUUCUCCUAUCUAAAGAAUGUGGUUUUAAUUGUCCUUAGCUUAGCAUUCAUUUAUUAGCAUUGAGUGGAAUGCCUUACUUUCAAGCAUGUCAACAACCAUUGAAAUCCCUGGAUACUGCGAGCAGCCAAAAAUUAAAUAUCACAGAACUCUGUUGUCUUGGUUAAAAAAUGGCCUCUGCAUUUUAAAUUUGAAUACCAAAAAAAUAACUAAAAGCUCAUUUUGAAAUUGGAACUAAAUGAAAGAUUUUCCACUUGAGUGAUUCUUUUCCAGUAGGGGUACCCAUUAACCAAUUUGUAGCCCGUAUUUAUUUAUUUUAUUUUUAUUUAUUUAUUUACUUUGGUAGACCUUACUUUUUGUGUCAUUAUGCAGCUAGCCAUUAUGUAUCAAAUGGAACUGCACAGGUUUAUAGUUAUGGAGUAUAGUUAUGUUGUGCCUUGUAGGGAUUUGUAGGGACAAAUUAAACAAACAUAAUUUGAAUAACGAAUAAUAUAAAUAAUUUUAUUGUUAUGUGUGUAUAUACACUUAGUAGCCUCUUUAUUACAGUAACUAGAACAGCCUGAAUUCUUAGCAGCAUGGAUUCAACAGGGUGCUGGAAGCAUUCCUUAGGGAGUUUGCUCCAUGCUCACCUGAUAGUAUCACACAGCUCCCACAGAUUUUUCAGCCACACAUUCAUGCUGCGAGCCUGUGGAGACUGUGCAGGCCAUUGGAGUAAACUGAAAUCUUAUGAAGUCAUAUUUGCGGGACUAGCUUCAGUUGAUAUAUGCUUUGUGACAUGACACAUCAGCAACAAUGCUUAGGUAUGUUGUGGCAUUUGAAUGAUGCUCAAUUGAUAUUGAGGGGCCUAAUGUAUGCCAAAAAAACAUUCCCAAUCACAACAUUCCAAGUGUACAAUGCAUGCUAAAAUUUUCCCAGUCUCUAGUGCCUUGGUAGUAUGGACUAACUCAGGUGUGGGAUUCUAUUUAAGUGCCAUUUUAACAUGGUCUGCUCAGUUAGCUAGGUUACGCUAGUAAUCACAAACCUCCGUAAUGCACUGCUCUCCCUGCUUUGGGGAGCUCGAGCAUUCACAGCCUGUCUGCGGGAAGCCCACUGCAGACCCUUACCCUUUCACUGAAGCCGCUGCUCUCACUGGCUGCUCCUUUUAAGUUGCA